UUGCCAUAGAACCAGAUAUCAGACUAAGGUCAUCAGAUCCUGCUUACCUCCAAUUGGUUGAAGGAUGGUGGGGAGUCCUAUUUCCAAAAGUAGCUCCUCUUCUUUAUGGUAAUGGAGGCCCUAUAAUAAUGGUUCAGAUUGAAAAUGAAUUUGGGUCAUAUGGAGAUGAUAAAGCGUAUCUUCGUCACCUGGUGAAGUUGGCUAGAGGACAUCUUGGGGAAGACAUUAUUUUGUAUACUACAGAUGGAGGUUCUCGAGAAACUCUUGAAAAAGGAACCCUUGGAGGAGAUGAUGUCUUUUCCGCUGUUGACUUCACUACUGGGGAUGAUCCUUGGCCCAUAUUUGAGUUACAGAAGGAGUUCAAUUCCCCUGGGAAAUCACCGCCACUUUCUUCGGAGUUUUAUACAGGUUGGCUUACACAUUGGGGUGAGAAGAUUGCAAGGACAGAUGCAGAUUUUACCGCAGCUGCCUUGGAAAAGAUUUUGUCACGAAAUGGUUCUGUUGUGCUUUACAUGGCACAUGGUGGAACAAACUUUGGAUUUUAUAAUGGGGCAAAUACAGGUGCCGAUGAGUCAGAUUACAAGCCUGAUCUAACUUCCUACGAUUAUGAUGCGCCAAUUACGGAGUCUGGUGAUGUGGACAAUGCAAAAUUCAAGGCCAUAAGGAGAGUGGUGGGGAAAUAUAGUUCAGUAUCUCUUCCUUCGUUUCCUUCCAGUAAUAAAAGGACAGGAUAUGGUUCUAUCCAGUUACAAAAAACAGCAAGUUUAUUUGAUUUACUUGAUGGGUUUGACUCUGCACACAUUGUUGAAGCUGAAAAUCCAACUGCAAUGGAGUAUUUCUACCAGAUGUUUGGAUUUCUAUUAUAUGUAUCUGAAUAUGCAUCGAAAGCUGGUGGAACUAAGCUAUUUAUACCAAAGGUGCAUGACAGAGCUCAAGUGUUCAUAUCAUGCCCCUCUAGAGCUGAUGGUGGACGAGUAUCAUAUGCUGGUACAAUUGAAAGAUGGUCAAAUCAAGCAAUUUACCUUCCUAAUGCUAAAUGUGUUUCUAACACCAGCUUAUUUAUUUUGGUUGAAAACAUGGGUCGUGUAAAUUAUGGACCACACUUGUUUGACAGGAAGGGAAUUUUGUCUUCUGUUUAUGUAGAUGGGACAGUUUUGAACAGAUGGAAAAUGAUCCCGAUUCCUUUCCAAAACCUGAAUGAGGUGCCAAAGUUCAAGCCUGUCAUUCAGGUUGCAUCUGAAUUCCCUAAAGUAUCCGUCCACAAAAUGUUAGAGCAGAAGUCAGGUAUGUCUCUAGAACAUAAAAGGCAUGCUGUAUCAAUGGUUGUAUUAUUUCCUCCUUUGUAGUUUUUUUGUUCAUUUUACAUGUUCUUAUAAAUA